UAAAGUCAUUAAGGGUCGGCUACAAUGUCACUGAUAUCUUAAAAACAAUAAUUUCUGUAAUGAAGGAUCAGUAAUGGCAAACAACUAAAUGGGAAUAAUCAAUUAAUCUAUCAUGUAACACAAUAAUGACAUAUAUCAAAUAAAUGAUAUGAAAAAAUCAUUAUACCAGUGAAACGAGUGGAAGUUUUCUGAUAUCAUUAGUUUUUUAAGGGUUAUAGUUCUCGAUAAUCCAAAAUAAUUGUUGAGAUGUUGGCAAUUCUACUUCUCAUACUGUUGGCAAUAUUGACGUACUUUUUCGCCAUAAAACCGUUCAACUACUGGAAAUAUAAAAAUGUGAAAGCAUCAAAAGGGAUACCUUUUUUCGGAGAGAACUUUUGGGUUCUACUAAGCUUAGAAAGUUUGACCGAGCAAGUAUAUCGUAUAUACAAUUUGUUUUCUAAUGAAAGGUAUUUCGGAGUUUAUUUUUUCACCACUCCCUUGCUAGUUGUGAAAUCUCCGGAUCUCGUUAAGGAGCUGUGUGUGAAAAAUUUCGACCAUUUCGUGAAUCGGAUGACUUUAGUACCAGAUCAUACUGAUGAUUUGUUCACGAGAAAUUCAGUCUCGAUAAAAGGAGAAGAAUGGAAGAAUGUCCGAUCAACUAUGAGCCCUGUAUACACCAGUAGCAAGAUGAAAGUGUUUUUCAAUCAGAUAUCGCAUAAUGCCGAUAAGUUGGUGGAUUGUAUCAUGAAAAAUGAUCAAACAAUCUUAGAAGUUGAGUUGAAAGAUCUUUUGAGCCGAUUUUCAAAUGAUGUGAUAGCGAGAAACAUAUAUGGCGUAGAAAUAGAUUCUUUGAAAGACAAGAAUAACAUUUUCUAUGAGAUGGCAAAGAAGGGUACACAUAUUUGUGGAUAUCGAAAAAAAUAUUCAAUACUUUUCUAUCAAUUAGCUCCAAGAAUUUCUGCGUUUUUCCGUCUGCCAUUGGCCGAAAAAGAAGUUCAGUCUUUCUUUGUCAAACUCAUUAAAGACACGAUAUCAAUCAGGAAAGCACAAAACAUAACUCAACCAGAUUUAGUGGGAAAGCUCAUCCAAUCUACUGAAGCGAACGAAGUAAAAACAAUAACAACAAAAGACGGAUCUGUUGUGAAAGAAAAGAAUUGGAGAACUGAGGAAAUCAAAAAUGACCUAUCGGUAACAGACAUAGCAGCAGUAACAUUCUUCGCAUUUAAUGCCGGUUUCGAAGCAAUCUCAAAUGUGUUGUGUUUUGUAGCCCAUCAGCUAGCAUUGAAUCCUGAUAUACAAAAGAGGUUGAUUGAUGAGAUUGAUGAAAAUUUCGCAGAUAAUGAAAUGCCAUCUUACGGAAAACUCCUGAAUAUGAGUUAUUUGGAUAUGGUUAUAUCUGAAGGACUGAGGAUGUGGCCUUUUCUUACAAUAAUAGACAGAGUUAGUACAAAAAAAUAUACAAUACAACCAGAGAAACCAGAUGAGCUACCGUUAACCUUGGAGCCAGGUUCGUUGAUAUUAAUACCAAUAAUAGGAUUACACUAUGAUCCUAGAAAUUAUGAGCACCCUGAAAAAUUCGAUCCGGAACGAUUCUCUGCUGAAAAUAAAAAAACAAUCAACCCCUAUGCCUAUUUACCUUUUGGAGUAGGUCCAAGACUUUGCUUGGGAAACAGAUUCGCCUUAAUGGAAAUGAAAAUAAUACUAUUCAAGAUGUUGUGUAACUUCGAAAUAGUUCCAAUUCAGAGAACUGAAGUAUGUCUCAAAUUGAACAAACAAGCUUUAGGACUAACUCCCAUAAAUGGUUACCAUUUGGGUUUGAAGAAGAGGAACAAAUUCACCAAUUGAAAAUAAUUGGAAAAACAGAUGUAACCUGUAAUUAAUAAAGAUGGUUUGUUUUUUCAAAA